GACCAUUGCAGUAUACUUCAGAACGGACGAAUAUUAAGACAAAGCUGUCAUUGGAUCUCCCAAAAGUAUGCGAUGCGAACGAAGAUCAACAAAUGGACAAAACCUCUGAGGUGAUACAGACUAAAUUAUGACAGGUGCUUUAGUUAAAUAUGCACGUUCAUCAAUCCUUGGUAUUCAUUCUAUCGUUGAAGGUUACACAUCAGGUGGGUGAGGGUAGUUCAUAGCUGUGAAGAGAAAUGAGCAUUUUCAGCUUCAUAUCAUGGAGGGACUGGUCUCUGCAACUCUACUUUAUCUACUGCGGUAUGACUUCCCAAGUGAUUAAAGUGGACACAACCACAGAGAUGCACUGUUGGGUGCCCACAACACCAUCUCCCAAAAAGCCCACCCUUGUUUUGAUUCAUGGCUUUGGAGCCAAUGCAAUGUGGCAGUGGUAUUUACAGAUCAGGCCCUUACUGCACAAUUUCAAUGUCUAUGUGCCUGACCUUGUUUUCUUUGGGAAGUCCUAUUUCACUGGGAAUGAAAGAUCAGAGUUUUUUCAGGCAGAGUCUGUGAUGAAGCUAUUGAAGCAAUUGGGCGUGACCAGGUUUCAUUUGGGUGGGAUUAGCUAUGGUGGGUUUGUGGCGUAUAGGUUGGCUCAUCUGUUCCCUGACUCUGUGGAGAAAGUUGUUAUUAUUAGUUCUGGAGUGUGCAUGGUGUAUGAGGAUAAGGAUGAGCUUUUUAAGAACAAUGAUUCUCUGGUUGUGGCUGACAUCCUUCUGCCAAAGACUCCAGAUCAUCUGAGGUUACUGAUGAAGUUUUCAUUAAACAGGCCUCCUACAAUGGUUCCCUCGUUCAUUCUCCAGGACUUUAUCAAUGUAAUGUACACUGAACAGAGGGAGAGGAAAGUAGAAUUGUUGCAACAUGUGGCUUUUAGCAAGGAAGGAGCACCACCACUUCCUGUGUUAAAUCAGGAAACACUUAUAAUAUGGGGUGCUGAUGACCUUGUUUUUCCACUGGAGCUAGGGCAUAGGUUGAAAAGGCAUCUGGGUGACAAGGCCAAGUUGGUGGUGUUAAAGGAAGCUGGACAUGCUGUUCAGUUGGAGAGUCCACAUGAAUUCAAUAAUGUGAUAAAGACAUUUCUUAUUGGUUCCUCUCUAUAAACUUCAGUUUCAUUGCAAAAAGCAUUUCUUCACAUUUAAACGCUAGUAACUUCAUGUAGCAUCUUGUGAGGUAGAAUUAAUGACUGUACCAAGCCUAUUGGCAAAGCUUUUGAUUA